AUGUCCACUGGAAACCUUCGCUUCAACGCAGCGGCAGCCGGGUGGGACUCCAACCCAAAUGUCCAAAAAGCCAGCUCCUUGGCAUACGAUGCCAUUCUGAGAUAUUUCCCCAACGCUCAUAAUUUCGACGUCCUAGAAAUUGGCUGUGGAACAGGGGUACUCUCCUUAAAAAUUGCAGCACACGUGCAUUCCCUGACAGCAGUCGAUUCCGCCGAAGGGAUGAUUGAAGUGCUCAAAGAUAAACUCUUCCAAACGCCAGAGGUGAAAAACAUCUUACCAGUCCAUGCUCUUCUUGAGGAUCCGGAUGAUCCACGGAUACGGCCUGAUCCCACCCGUGCUGGCAUUGAGGAAGUUGAAAAGUUGGCUCCGCGGCGAUUCGAUCUCAUCCUCUCGCAUCUCGUUCUUCACCAUAUCUCAGACCUCCCAGCUGUUUUCAGGACAAUGUUUGGCUGCCUGAAAGCUGGCAGUAGCAUUGCACUCACAGACUUCGAAGACUUUGGACCAGAGGCAAGGAGAUUCCAUCCCGAGGCAAAAAUGGAUGGCGUGGAGAGACAUGGGAUUCCGAGGAAAGAAGUGGAGAUGAUGCUAAAGGAUGCAGGAUUUGUAGAUGUUAAGGUUGAGACGGCAUUUAGGAUGGAGAAGGGUAUUGAGACCGUACCUGGAGAGGGUGUAAAGGGCGAGACGAUGGAGUUUCCGUUUCUGAUAUGUAUGGGCAGGAAACUAUAA